AUCGACGCUCGAUCCGUCCAGUUCGAUCGGCAACGGGAGCGGAGAAAGAGAAGCUGAGAGCCCGAAAGGCAGCAGCCCCACCACCGCCGGCCCAGGUUACCAUCUAGCACCGGGAAAAAACACCAAAACACUAGAAGGCCACCGCCGGCACAAAGAAGUUAAUACCAACAGCCAGGAGACCACCAUGAGCAGCGAGGCCGAGACGCAGCAGCAGCCGCAACAGCAGCCGCAGCCGCCUCAGCCUGCCGAAGCGGAGAGCCCCUCCAGUCCGGCGGCCACAGCUACCGCGGGGGAAAAGAAGGUCAUCGCAACAAAAGUCUUGGGGACGGUCAAGUGGUUUAAUGUGAGGAACGGUUACGGUUUCAUCAACAGGAAUGACACAAAAGAAGAUGUCUUUGUACACCAGACUGCGAUUAAGAAAAACAACCCCAGAAAGUACCUUCGCAGUGUCGGAGACGGAGAAACUGUUGAGUUCGAUGUAGUGGAAGGGGAGAAGGGUGCAGAAGCCGCCAACGUCACCGGCCCGGGAGGUGUCCCUGUCCAGGGCAGUAAAUACGCUGCGGACAGGAACCGCUACAGGAGGUACCCACGUCGCCGGGGCCCCCCACGUGGCGACUACCAGCAGGGCUACCACAGUGACGGGGAGGGAGAGGGCCAUGAGAAGAGGGAGGGAGUGGAGAAUGCCCCAGACGGGGACUUGCAGUCCCAGGAGCGCAGGCCUAACUUCCCCCCCAGGCGUCGCUACCCCCCAUACUUCGUCCGUCGACGCUAUGGCCGACGGCCACCUUACACCAAUGCUCCCCGUGGGGAGGUGACAGAGGUAGGUGAAGGAGAUGAAAACCAGGCCAGGCCUGACCAGGGAAACAAACCCAUAAGGCAGAACUACUACAGAGGCUUCCGGCCAAGGUUCACUGCCAGGGGUGCUACCCGUCCCAGACCUCCCCGAGACGGCAUCAACGAGGACGACAAGGAGAACCAGGGUGACGGAGCUAAGACCCAGGAUCCAGGUCAGCGCCGGUACCGCCGCAACUUCAACUAUCGCCGCAGACGCCCACAAACCACAAAGCCUCAAGAAGGCAAGGAGAACAAAGCCGCCGAGAUGCCAGCGGAGAAGCCGCCCGCUCCCCAGGCCGAGCAGGGCGGGGCUGAGUAAAGACCGGAGUACCAUCUGUACCAUCUACCGGUCAUGUCAACAUGAAGAAACAACGACACGAGCAAUAAGACCCAGAUUUGACUUGACGAUCCUGAAAGCUUGCGCCAUGUUCGACCAGAUGACCACCUAUCGCCUGCUCACCUAUGCAGCCGUUUUCCCAUUUUAUGACCGCUUCAAAUGAAUUUUAUUGGGGGAAAUGACACGUUUUUGUAAAAUUGGUUUUCUUUUUACACCAAAUCGUUUUUAAAGCAGUUAUUUGAUAUCUGGUCAAUUUGACAUUUUUAAAUGAAGUUUUUAUGUACACAACAUGAAUUUUAAAAAGCAAGCUCAAAUAAAAGUCAAAUACAAAGUUUAA